AACAAGGUGAAGUACAUCAAGCAGACAACAGCCAUCCUGAAGCAGAAAUAUGGGGGUGACAUCCCCAGAACUGUGGAGGAGCUGGUGCAGCUGCCAGGAGUUGGGCCCAAAAUGGCCCACUUGGCCAUGACCAUCGCCUGGGACCAAGUGUCUGGGAUAGCUGUGGACACCCACGUGCACAGGAUCACAAACAGGCUGAAGUGGGUGAAGAAGGAGACCAGGUACCCCGAGGAGACGCGGGUGGCGCUGGAGGAGUGGCUGCCCAGGGAUCUCUGGAGGGAGAUAAACUGGCUCUUGGUGGGCUUUGGCCAGCAGACCUGCCUGCCCGUGAACCCUCGCUGCACCGAGUGCCUCAAUCGAGACAUCUGCCCAGCUGCAAAGGGCUGCUGA